GCCAGAGAGAGACGUAAAGGAGAGGAAGAGGAACCAGGCGACUGUCGUCGUCGUCGUCGACGUUCUGAAUUCGACGAUUGAACUGUUAAUAGAACUCCGGAGAUUUUGUCGGCCACGGCGUCCACUUCUGCCAUAUGAUCAAGCGACUUUGCGGUCGAUUUCGAGACUCGGUUUUUUAUGCUUAAUUUUCCGUCGAUCAAAGAUGAAAUUGAAGGGGCGAAGGUUUGCCAGUUGAAGGUCAAUAUCUUUGUAAAGAAUAAUACAAUGCGGGUUUCAGUACACUCAGCUCCACCCAAUGACUGGAUAAGUUCACAGGGCAAUCAUUAAGUCAUCGCUCUUACCAACCAACCACAGUAUUUCAACCAAAUUACUAACGCCCUUAGAAGUCCUGUCCUUGAUUUCCUACUUGGCCUUGUAAUUGGAGCAUCAUUUGCAUUGAGUUUCAUCUUAGAGCUUGAAUUAAGAAGGGUGAGGGAUGACCGCCACGGAUACAGAAUCAAGAAUGCUUCGUUGAUAACGCUGUAUAACCAACUAGAUAUGUCAUUAUUCUCUUGUAGAAGAAUCGAGAAUUGCAUGAACUUCUGUUCUUGGCAUCGCCAUACUGAUGAGCACAAAUAAGGCCAUAGACGAAGAAAGAAGAUUAACAGCAGGUCAAAAGUUCCAGCCGGUGAAUACACAAUAAGAAGUAAAAUAAGUCAACAGCGAAUCAUGGAACUUCUUACAGGUGUCUGGGUUGCUUUCUGUGGGGAACCUGAAUCAUCUAAUACCUCAGAAUGUGGAAGGACUAGAAUAUCAGCUUAUCCAGAGAUAUUGUGCUUCGCCUGCUCUUCUCUAUGUGUCAAAAAUGGGGUUUGCCUCUGUAUUAGCAUCUUGCUCCUGUUAAUGUUCUUCUUCAAUCUCAUCCAUAAAGGAUCCGAAGCAUCAGGAAGAACUACUCAUUCAGUGUGGUUUUCAUGUUUACGAAAAUUUUCUGCUAUAUAUAAUGGAACCUUGGGGCUGUCUUACUCUGUGCUAGGAUUUUGGAUUUUCCUGGAAAGAUGGGGAACAAUCCAAGCAGUUACACCUUUAAACCUAUGGAUGGUACCCUUGUUUCAGGGUUUAGCUUGGGCCUUACUAGGUCUGACAAUCAGCCUUAGGAUAGAGCGGCUUGAAAAAACCUUUUUAAGGCUCUGGUCGUUUAUUUCAUUCUUGUUUUCAGUAUUCUUGACCGUUGCAUCAAUUUUAGUGGUUGUAACUGACAAAAAGUUGUCCAUUAAGAUUAUGCUCGAUCUCUUGUCGCUGCCUGGAGCUCUCUUGCUCUUGGUUUGCAUAAGAUAUUCCAGACAAAUUGAGUACAGUCAAACUGAUAGAAUUGACCUUUUUGAACCAUUGAAUGGUGAAAAUAAAUUGAAUCUUGAUGGGUAUGUGACUCCAUUUUCAGAGGCUUCAUUUUUUAAUAGAUUAUCAUUUUGGUGGCUGAAUUCCUUGAUGCAAAGGGGUUGGGAGAGUCCAUUGGAGGAUAAAGAUAUGCCUAAGUUAUGCAUGGAGGACCAGGCACAAAGCCACUAUGCACUGUUCACUGAGAAGUUGAACCAGCAAACGGAGAAGAAAAGGUCUACAUCGUCAUCCAUCUUCUGGACAUUGGUUUUCUGUCAGCGCAGGGAGCUAAUAGUGUCAGGGUUCUUCGCACUUCUUAAGAUUUUUGCUGUGUCUUCAGGCCCUAUCCUUCUUAAUGCCUUUAUCAGAGUUGCAGAAGGCAACGAGUCCUUCAAAUACGAGGGUUAUGUUCUUGCCAUAUCCUUUUUUUUCACAAAAGUUCUGGAGUCAUUGUCCCAGAGGCAGUGGUACUUUCGAACCAGAAGGAUUGGUCUACAAUUACGGUCCCUUCUGUCAGCUGCUAUAUAUGAAAAGCAACUAAGAGUCUCUAAUGCAGCUAAAAUGAAGCAUUCUUCUGGUGAGAUAAUGAACUAUCUAAAUGUAGAUGCUUACCGUAUUGGUGAAUUCCCUUUCUUUCUUCAUCAGACCUGGACAGCGUGCCUCCAGCUUUCUUUUGCAUUGGCAAUUCUAUAUAAUGCAGUGGGCCUUGCUACAUUGUCAGCAUUGUUUGUCGUGAUACUGACUGUCUUAUGUAAUGCUCCUCUUGCAAAACUUAUGCACAAAUUUCAGACUAAGCUCAUGCAGGCACAGGAUGAAAGACUCAAGGUGGCUUCAGAGGCUUUAGUGAAUAUGAAAGUGUUGAAACUCUAUGCAUGGGAAAUGCAUUUCAAGUCAGUGAUAGAACAAUUGCGUGAAGUAGAACAUAACUGGAUAUCAGCUUUUCAGCUACGAAAGGCUUACACUAAUUUUCUUUUCUGGGUAUCUCCUGUAUUGGUUACAGCUGUAACUUUUAUCACAUGCUAUCUUAUAGAAGUUCCCCUUCAGGCCAGCAAUGUCUUCACUUCUAUAGCAACCCUGCGACUUGUUCAGGAUCCUGUAAGAUCAAUACCAUAUGUUCUGGGUGUCACAAUCCAAGCCAAGGUCGCGUUUACAAGAAUAGUGAACUUUCUAGACGCUCCUGAGCUGGGGACUGGACUUAUCGAGAGGGACAUCAGUGGAACAGAUCAUGAAUAUUCAAUAUAUAUAAAAUCUGCCACUUUAGCAUGGGAAGUGGAGACACAGAAACCCACUCUGAGAAAUGUCAGUGUUGUAGUUAAGCCAGGCCAGAGAGUUGCAAUUUGUGGAGAAGUUGGAUCAGGAAAGUCGAGCCUUCUUGCUGCAAUUCUUGGGGAGGUCCCUAUUAUUGAUGGCCAUUUGCAAGUUUUUGGAACAAUUGCAUAUGUCUCUCAAACUCCUUGGAUCCAGAGUGGGACGAUAAGAGAUAAUAUUCUCUUUGGGUCUUGCAUGAACGAGAAAAAGUACGAAGAGGUCGUCAGGAAGUGUUCACUGGAAAAAGACCUUGAGAUGUUGCCUUUCGGAGAUCUUACUGAGAUAGGAGAAAGAGGUGUUAACCUCAGUGGUGGUCAGAAGCAACGUAUUCAACUGGCACGUGCAGUGUAUCAGGACGCAGAUAUAUUUCUCUUGGAUGAUCCAUUUAGUGCUGUUGAUGCACACACUGCUAAUAGUUUGUUUAAUGAAUGCAUAAUGGGUGCUUUGUUGGGGAAGACUGUCUUGUUAGUGACUCACCAGGUUGAUUUUCUUCCAGCCUUUGAUGCUAUACUGUUAAUGUCAGAAGGAGAUAUAAUCCAUGCUGCUCCUUUCCACAAGUUGUUGGAUUCAAGUGCAGAAUUUCAAAACCUUGUCAAUGCACACAAAGAUACAAUGAGUUCAGAGAGGCUUUGCAACGUUUCUUGUGAAAGGAAGAGAUUCUCAUCAGCUAGUGGCAUCAGAAAGGAAUAUGUAGAUACAAACCUGAUAGGAAAAGUUUUUGUGGCUAAUCAGCUAGUUAAGCAGGAGGAGAAAGAAAGAGGAGAUAUGGGUUUUAAGCCUUACACUCAGUACUUGAACCAGAACAAGGGAUUCUUCUUUUUUUUCUUAACUGUUUUAACACAUUCAUUUUUUGUUGGCACUCAAAUCCUACAGAAUUCAUGGAUGGCAGCUAAUGUUCAGAGUCCUCACGUUAGCAAGUUUCAGUUAAUUUCAGUUUACUCAGUUCUUGGGUUCAGUGGUGCUGUUUCUCUAUUUCUUAGGUCUAUCUUUGUAGUUGUUCUGGGCUUGCGAUCAUCAAAAUCAUUAUUUGCUCAGCUAUUGAAGUCUCUUUUCCGUGCACCAAUGUCCUUCUAUGAUUCAACACCUCUUGGAAGGAUUGUGAGCAGGAUGUCCUCUGAUUUAAGCAUUAUCGACCUUGAUGUCCCAUUCUGCAUAACUUUUACAUGCAUUGCAACCAUUAAUGCUUCUAGUAAUCUUACGGUGUUGACUGUUUUUGCCUGGCCUGUCUUAUUUGUUGCCAUACCAAUAAUAUAUAUCAGCUCACGAUUACAGAGAUAUUACUUUGCAAGUUCAAGAGAACUGAUGAGGAUCAACGGGAUAACGAAAUCCAUUGUAGCAAAUCACUUGUCAGAGUCUAUGUCAGGCGCUAUGACUAUUAGAGCUUUCAAAGCAGAGGACCGAUUCUUUUCAAAAGCUUUGGAACUAAUUGAUAAGAAUGCUAGUCCCUUUUUCCACAAUUUUGCAGCAAUUGAGUGGCUGAUUCAACGGUUAGAGGCAUUGAGUGCAGUUGUUUUACUUUCAUCAGCAUUUGCCAUGCUUAUGCUUCCUUCUGGUACAUUUAGCCCUGGUUUCAUUGGGAUGGCUUUGUCCUAUGGUCUCUCCUUGAAUGGAUCUCUUGUUAUGUGUGCUGAACAUUUCUGUGUGUUGGGAAAUCAUAUUAUUUCUGUGGAACGGGUAAACCAGUACAUGUAUCUGCCUAGUGAGGCUUCGGAGAUGAUAGAAAGUAGCCAACCUGCUGCAAACUGGCCCAGUGUUGGCAAGGUCGAGAUUCAGGACUUAAAGAUCAGGUAUAGGCCAGAUACACAACUUGUGCUUCAGGGGAUUACUUGCACAUUUCAAGGAGGGCAUAAAAUAGGAAUUGUUGGACGGACAGGGAGUGGGAAAACAACUCUUAUCAGUGCCUUGUUUCGUUUGGUUGAGCCUGCAGCUGGUAAAAUAAUUAUUGAUGAUCUUGACAUCUCUGCCAUUGGUUUACAUGAUCUUAGAUCACGUCUAGGGAUCAUUCCUCAAGACCCAACUUUCUUCCAGGGGACUGUUCGCUACAAUAUGGAUCCCCUGCAGCAACACUCUGAUCAUGAAAUCUGGGAGGUUCUUGACAAAUGUCAGCUGAGAGAAACUGUGCAGGAGAAAAAGGAUGGCCUUGAUUCACUUGUGGUGGAAGGUGGAUCAAAUUGGAGCAUGGGACAAAGACAGCUGUUUUGCCUGGGGAGAGCACUACUCAGGAGAAGCAAGAUACUGGUGCUAGAUGAAGCAACUGCUUCCGUUGACAAUUCGACAGAUGCAACCCUUCAGAAGACAAUAAGGACCGAGUUUGCUAAUUGUACUGUCAUCACUGUUGCCCACAGGAUACCUACAGUGAUGGACUGUACGAUGGUGCUUGCCAUCAGUGAUGGGAAACUUGCGGAAUUUGAUGGGCCAUUGAAUCUGAUGGAAAGGGAAGGUUCGCUGUUUAGGGAGCUUGUGAAAGAGUAUUGGUCUCAUGCAUCCAGUUCUGCCAUCAAGUAACGGAAUUCAUAUCGUCACUUCCAUGUGUGGAGUAUAACUUAGUUUAUGAAGCACUGUUAUCUUUCGUUGGUCCUACAAUGCAUAAUUGGGGGUUUGCUUAUCAAAGUUUGCAUCAACGACCGUGUAUCUUCAAGUAUGAAACUCAUUCCUUAAUUCUUCUGAAGAUUCAACAACCUUCUGGUACUGCAAGCUUAGAUGAUGAAAAGCUCUGCCACCACACCUGAAGUUUUUUCUGCCAUUCACAUGGAUUCUCCGGUUUGACUCCUACAUCGUGUCCCCAGAUAUGGAAGUCAAUUUGAGAAGAGCAUAAAAUUGCAGAAUCCCAUAGGUGCAUCCAUGUGAUAGUAUAUCAUAUCAUAGACCUUUAGACCUGUCAAUGACUUUUGGGUUGUAGUGGCCUAAUGCACUUGUAUGCCACACCAGAACUGAGCUUGUAGUGCUAUGUUCUUUCCAUGUUGCUAUCUCCUCUACAAAUUUCUAGUUUUUUGAUGAACUGAUGUGUACAAUACCUUAUCUACAGCCAAUGGUGUAAGAUUUUGA